AUGCGACGACCCCACUGCUCCGUCUUCUGGGACCACGCCGAUAACGAGACGGCCUUCGGGCAAGACUAUAAGAUAGUUGCCGGGAAGUUUAGCUUAGACAGUAAGCUCGACGGCGAAGAGCUACUGGCGGCGGUGCGCGAGCGCAUCGAGGCGGAGACACGAUGGUUGCUUAUCCUUAAUAACGCCGACGACCUAGAGCUCUUUGGUGUCGAUGAGAAACCGAACACGUCGCGGAAGACAACAAGCUUGUUCGAAUAUAUCCCACGGGGGAAGGAGCGCUGGCGUAUUCUGAAAGAGACGGAAUUCGACAGACACCGAAGAGCCGAGGUUCCGAAUAGCAUCCUGGAAACGUGGAGCAUCUCGAUCGAGCGCAUUCGGCAGGAGAACGAGAUGGCACACCAGAUCUUGCAUAUCCUUGCGUAUCUCGACAACCAGGGCAUCCCAUUCGAGCUAAUCGCGACAGCUGCUACAUUUGGGAUGAGGAGGCAGAAUGGAGGAUGGUCUACGGACCAGCAGCAGGUGGACAGGGCCAUCGUUCGACUCAAGGAGUUCUCUUUCCUCCGCACACGCAGAACAGAGUCGGGCGAGCGAAGCUUUGAGAUGCAUAAGCUUGUGCAGGAGGCCGCUCGGUAUGGCCUCAUCAUGAGGAAGUUUCUACAAAGGAAGACGACGAAACAUUAA